CCCCCACGAGGCUGCUGAUUGGCCCGGGUGGUGCUUCGUCCCACCUUCCUCGGCCAGAUUCUUUUCCCACCUUCCAUUGGCCGCCGAGUUAAAGCCCCUGGCGCUGAUUGGCGGCGGCCGCACGCGGCGGGUUUGAACGGCCGGUGGGUAGUGGUGGCAGCGGGAUGGAGGACGCGGAGCUGCGCUGCACGGUGGCCGUGGAGCAGCCGCUGCCGGGGGGACAGGGCCUGCGGCGCCGUGUGAUGCGGGGCGCGCUGGUGCUGCUGGGCCGCAACGAGCUGCGGCAGCCGGUGCUGCGGGUGGUCGGCGGCAGCGGCGCGGCGGCGGCGGCGCUGAGCUUCGCGCUGGUCGGUGAUGCUGUGCGGCUCUUCACGCGGUUCGCGGGACACGGGCGGGCGGCGGUGCGGGUGGGGCCGGGCGGCGCCCAGGUCCUGCUCUCCGACUGCCCUCCGGACGCGCUGCGCCGCUUCCUCCGCCUCCUGCGGCUCAAGGUCGCCGCCGGGCCGCGGGUCGCCCCCCGCGGACCCCGCCUGCUGGACCGUCCACCGCCGGCCUUCUCUGUCGUCAGCCCGCUGCAGGAGCGCGACCUGCUGCGCGCCCCCGGCCGCCUCCGCAGCGGCGAGGGGCAGGGAGAGCGCCCGGCCGAGGUGCCCCGUGUGGAAAGGCGGCCCCCGGCGAGGCUCUCGGCGGAGCAGGAGGCGGUGCUGGGCGCCGUGCGGAGCGGGAAGAGCAUCUUCUUCACCGGCUGUGCAGGGACCGGGAAAUCGUUCCUGCUGAAGAGGAUCGUGGGCUCCCUCCCUCCAAGGAGCACCUACGCCACAGCCAGCACGGGAGUGGCAGCUUGCCACAUCGGUGGCACCACUCUCCAUGCCUUUGCAGGGAUCGGCUCUGGGAAGGCACCGCUGGAACAGUGUAUUCAGCUGGCGGAGCGGCCUGGGGUGCGCCAGCACUGGCUGGCCUGCCAGCACUUGAUUAUCGAUGAGAUCUCCAUGGUGGAUGGCAAGUUCUUUGACAGGCUGGAGGCAGUGGCGAGGGCAGUCAGAAAAAGAGAUGAGCCUUUUGGAGGAAUUCAGCUAAUCAUCUGUGGGGACUUCUUGCAACUACCCCCAGUCUGCAAGGCUCAUGAAGAAACCAAGUUCUGCUUCCAGGCAAAAAGCUGGAGGAAAUGCAUCCACAUAAACAUGGAGCUGACCGAAGUGCGGAGACAGACUGACAAGACCUUUGUCUCGCUCCUGAGUGCAGUCCGUUUAGGCAGGUGCACAGAGGAGGUUACCAGACUACUGAUGCAGACUGCCACUAACAGGUCUGAGCGCGAUGGGAUCCUGGCUACACGGCUCUGCACCCAUAAAGAUGAUGUAGAAAUAACUAACGAGAGACGCUUGCAACAGCUAUCAGGAGAAGUGCAUGCUUUUGAGGCUUUGGACAGUGACCCAAUGCUAGUGAAGUUAAUUGAUGCUCAGUGUCCUGUGAGUGGUAGAGUUGAGCUAAAGCUUGGAGCUCAGGUGAUGCUAGCUAAGAAUCUGGAUGUAUCUCAAGGGCUGGUGAAUGGGGCACGAGGAGUUGUUGUAGGAUUUGAAAGUGAAGAGAAGGGGCUGCCUAAGGUUAGAUUUCUAUGUGGGGUCACACAGGUCAUCAAAAUGGAGAAAUGGGUCUUCAAAGGACCAUCAGGAAUUCAUCUGAGUCGUCAACAGUUGCCUUUAAAAUUGGCAUGGGCUAUUUCCAUUCACAAGAGUCAGGGCAUGUCUUUAGACUGUGUGGAAAUCUCCCUGUCCCGUGUCUUUGAAAGUGGGCAGGCUUAUGUAGCCCUUUCCCGAGCCCGCAGCCUUGCAGGUCUCCGUGUUCUGGACUUUGACCCAAAAGUAGUAAGAGCUGAUCCUUCUGUGUUGCAGUUUUAUAAACAGCUGAGAUGCCAUCAACUUGUAACCCAGGAUUCCCUACACACUCAUUCGGGUGCUGAUGAAAAGGAGAACUGGAAACACAGUUGAGAAUGCUCUUCUGGCCUCUAUGAGGCAAUGGACAGAAUGCUGAUUUGCAGCCAUCUUGCUAUUAAGUAUAUUUGGUAACACAGACAAAGUCAGAGGAAAUUCUUUUAUUGUUUUUAUAAUGUGUGCUUCAUUCAGUUGUUCCUGGAUAUGUAGAAGUCUCUCUGCCUCAUGCCUCUGAAAUUUGGAAGGAUUCUGUAGCCUCUUCCUGGGCCCACAUUCUUGAAUACUUGUGUGUCACAGAUGCAAUUCUAUCAAAUGAAAUGACUGAACAAGGACAUGCCUGAGGGACCUUCCUACAGUUCUGUACUGUCCACUUUGUUGCAUUUUAUUCUCCACCUAUGCAGACUGAAACUUGUGUGCUUUUCUUCAAGUUGUACCACAGCUGAGACAUAAGAUUUGUGUCCUGUUUGCCUGGAUGGAUUGGACCUGUUCCCAGGAGCUGCUGACACAAGGGAAAGCAGUUCUUCUGCAAGUGAGGGGCUGCCAGGAACUGGGUUAUCUCUUCAUAGCAUGCUGGGGUGUUCUUGCUUUCCAGAUGUUUACCACCAGGAGGCUUUGCAUAACUUCAUCUACAAGCAGUACUGAGAGUUAUUCAUGGCCUGUUAUGCUGAUCCAUAGCCUUUUAAUCAGUCUGCAUACAAUGAGGUGUGAUUUUGGGUUUUUUUUUAACCUUCUGAAAUGAGCUGGUGUUGUUAAAAACAGGAAAAAGUCCUACAUCUUGUACCCCUGAUUAUGGAACUACAAGAAUCGUGGAGCUCAAUUACCCUAUUAGAUAGAAAGGAGAGAGAUGAGAUGGGUGCUUGUGGGAGCCCCUCUUGUUUAAACACAUGAGGCUCACUCAAAUGGGAGGGAAUUUCUGCUGGAAACAACACAUCAGACUAAUGAGGUGGAAGUUGAAUGUGCAAUAGGAAAUAAUGGGCAAGGACAUGUGAAGUGAGCUGUAACUUCACCUGCUUCAGCAAAAGCAGGGCUGAGCAGAGUUAACACACGGUAUUUUUUUGAAGUCUUAAUAAAGGAGAAGCUCUGGUCUUUGUAUUUUAGCACACUGCUUAAAGCUUAAGUACCUUGUGUAUUUUUAAAUGUUUAACGUGUGGAAAUAAUGUGAAAAUCAACAUCCAGCCGGAAUUCAUCUCUUGCAUAGUUGUCUUUUGGUAACAAAGCCUUGUAGUUUGAUCGAGUUGAAGGCCACUUCAACUGCUCUUUUCAAAGCCAGGGAAGGAUGGUGACUAGCCAAUGGUUAACAUAACAGAAAGCAGACUUUCGGUGGGAUUUCAAAAUAUAUUUUUUAAAGUGAGAGUUGAUUUUUCUGGGCCCGGGAGGCUUGUGGUCGGGGCGACCUGGGAUGAACUUGUGCCAUUUCUGCUCAAGGUGGAGCUGCAGGCAGCCCGCCCCCGCCACGUGCAGCACGACCUGAUCCUCCAAGAAGCAGACGCCGCCGGCGACCCGCGGCCGGCAGCCGAAAACGGCCACGGGCUGCGCCCCGGCCGCCGCCAUGCUGCCGCCAUGCUGCCGCCGUGGCGCCGCGGCUUGGCCGCAACGUGGCGCAGAGCAGUCGCCCUGCAAAGAGCACCUGCGCCACAGCCAGCGCAGGAGUGGCAGCUUGCACAUCGGUGACACCGCUCCCCAUGCCUUUGCAGGUAAUGGUCUGCCCAACAGCAAAGGGCUGGCAGCAGUACCCUAGAUGCAUUUUUUCUUUCAUUGCUACUGUUUCACCAUCCACGGUGAUGAAUAGUUUGGUGUUUGGAGAAGAGCGCCCGAUGCAUGUUUCAAAAAGAACCUGUUGUAAUAAAUUUUGACUUAGUCUUGUAAGUAACAAAAGUUUUAUUUUUAAAUAAGCAAUAAGCAAAGACAGCGCUGGAUGCGGGCGGCCUAGAGACCUCAGUCUCCCUUGCGGCACGCACACACAACUAACUCAGUUCUCUGGGUCUUAAAGUCCAUCUCUGGUCCACAGCUUCCGGGUGUAACUUUUCACUCAUGUUGAAGGCUCCUAUCAUGUGGGCACUGACUGCUGCGUAGCCAGUUUCGAUCGCCUUACUUUGGUUGCUUAUGAGGUAAAUACAUCAAGCAGAACAAAGCAAGUAAGCACUCAAACAAACAUCUCCUUGUUAGGUAAAUACAUCAAGCAGGACAAAGCAAGUAAGCAUACAAACACUUCUCAGACCUCAAACAAACAUCUCCAGGAGCUUUAAUGAACAAACAUUUCUCGGAACUGCUUGUUACACUGUAACUAUCAGGAUCGAUGUGAAUUAAAGCGGAGAGCGGAUGAUGGUUUCAGUAUGAGAGUAGUGGACUCUUGUGCUGAGGCUUUUAUUCUGUGUUUGCCGUCACUGCCAGAGGAACUCCCUCUGCUUCUACAGGGGUCUGAAACUGCUCUGUCUCUUCCAGAUCUGCUGCUGAAUAUGGAGACUUGAUGCUACUUCACAAGGUAAAAAAUAACUUCAAAAUUCAACAUUAAAAGGCACUUAGUGUUUUUUUUAUCUUUCAUUCCAAUAUCAUCAAUAGACAGACUUUAAUCCCUGACCUAAGUUUUCCCUUUUGUGCCACAAUGAUGAUAUUUAUUUGCUACUCUUGAUCAAGAGGAUGAUGAGCACAUUUACCACCAUAACUUUCCUCUGAGGCACAACAACUUAGAAUUCCUCUUGAUGUUUUGAUUUCUGAAUAUACUGUUCAUAAGCUUUUAUUUUUAUUUCCAGGACUUGAAUUGUGCACUUGAAAGACCUGAAGAGGAACAUCACCUGGUGAGAGGUGUGAAGCUUGUGUAGGGGUUUCUUCCAUGGAGCUGUUAAAGCACUGUGGUGGAAAGGGUGGGAUGUUUAAAAUGAGGAGGAAACAUUCUGGGGUUCAUUUCCACUGAUCCACAGAAAAAAAUGGUACUUGCUAUUAUUCAAAAACUCUUGAAUAUUUGUGUUUUAUGUGGGGAACUUCAAUUUUUCAAAGCUGUCACAAGAGGUGAUUGCUUGGUGCUCUGAUUCCAAGGCAGAUACAGUGAUGAUGACAUAGUUCAGCAGAAUAUACUGUGAAGAACAGUUUUGUCUUUCGCUCCUAUCUGACGUGUCUGGCUCUUGUGAUCUCUUGCUGGCAGGUGUAGGCUUGACCAUGAAGGCUGAGGGAAUGGGAUUGAUUAUUUUCUUUUGUUACAGGCCCUGGGAGAUGAAGAUACAAGCUGUGCAAGUAGCCCCCAGUUUUUGGAACUAAACGCUGAUACAGUAUUUCACUAAAACUGUAUUUAUGCUGAAACUUUCUGCUGGCCUCUACCUAACAGCAACUUUUCCUUUACAGGCUUCUGAGGCAUUUCUCAUUGUGAUGUAAGUACUCGUUUUAACUUUGCAAGUAUUAGCAUUAAAAAAAUCUGCCUAGAAAUAAAGUAUUUAACUGCACGUAUGCUGGGAGGGAGGUGCAAGGGGCCAGUGUUUGCUGCUGCUGCUUGCAUCUUGUCCAAUAGCAGAGGAUACUUAGAGGGGAGCUGCUGGCUAAGGCCCAGCCUUGGCAGGCUGGCUUGUGCCAAACUCUUCACUGUGUGCCUGUGGGCUCACGGAGUUGUGCUAUUUGUGUAUUUGCCCUCUUUCCUGUAGCAACCUUAGCCUAAAGCAGAUAGCUGUUGAGUGACUGACAGCGUGAGCUGCCUGUGUGAUGAGACGUGACUGCCCUGACUUCAAUCCUGGAGGUCUGCAAUUAGCUCUAUCUGACUUCAGGCGCCUGACAAGAUUUCAUCCUCGUGUGCUCGCUUCUGCGCUCACCUGACACUUCUCUUUCUUCCAGGACUGCUGCGGUGGAGCUGUGGGGUGAUGCAAUUGGUGGUGCUACCAGCAGAAGUAAGUAGCCAGAAGAUGCAUUUGACUGGUCAGAGCUGGUGCUGGGGAGGUUAUUAGAUGCUGGGCUCUAAUUGUGGUGUAGCUGCAGUGUUAAGCAGAAGGUUCCUUGAUGAUUUUCUUACCUCUACCAGUAGAUCACAGCUUAUCAUCAGAGUUUGGUUACCUGAGGUGCUAGGGAUUGAAUCUCACACUUUGUGACCAAAGGCAUUGAUAAGGUACAAGGAUGGUUGUGAAAGUAAUGGGCAAAGGAGUUUCUGGAAGUCGUGGGGCGCAAGAGUAACAUCAGCAUUGGACUGAGUUUCAUUUUCUUAUGUGUGUAUCCUAGAUUUGAGAAUGAGAGAACUGCUGGAUAUUCUGUGACAUCUGCUUGGUAAGCUGCUUGCUUCUUGGUUGCCAUAAGACUUUUUUUACAACUUGUGAAUAUUAACUUCUUUCUGUAACUGAAAAGCAAUAUUAUGGAGUAGUUGAAAUGAUGUAACUGCUAUGGGCUGCUUGAGUUUCUAGUUAACAAGAAAGAAUGUGUGAUAACCCGCCAGUGCACAUCUUGUCCUAACCAAAACCAGUACAAUUAUUUGGCAUCUAACUUUUUAGAGUUUAAAUUAAGUAGUGGGAUUUAUCAGGGAAUAGCACUGAUCUCAAAUAGUUGGUUUAAUGUGGUAAAUUAUUUGUCUCUAUGGCUGGAUUAAAGCUUCUACGUGAUGUGAAUGAAGAUUGGCUGGGAGUAAGGUCUGAAAUACAGAGGUCAGGUCCUUUAAGGAGGAACAGAAGUAACGAAACAUUAAGCUUCUCUAAGCAUGUACUGUUUGUGAUGAUUUGUUCUAAGCAAUGGGAAUCUCUCUGAAAGAGCCUGAGGAGGACUCUUGCACUGAAACAGUACGCACAUUCAAACUAACUCUUGAAGCACUGCCAAGGAGAGUGUAUUAAUAAAAAUGCACUUGUUACAGAGUGAAGCUUGUGGGCAGUUUGUGUGAAAAACAAGACUAACGUGUCUGAGGUAAGUGUAGAAUACAAGGGAUUUGAUCAUUACUGGAAUAUUAUCUUUGUGCUAAACACCUAGAUAGUAGGGCCAAAAAUUAGUCUUGUAAUAGAUCUGAUUGGUCUUCCUUUAUUGUAUGCUGAUUCUCCUACUCUAAGCUAGUGUGGGAAUAAUGCUUGUAGCAAGAAUCCACUUCUAUGUAGUUCUCAAUUUGACUUGAAAAGGAAGGGCUCUUUUGCAACAGAUACCCUGACAAUUCCUGAACUGCAGUCCGUGGUGAACUUUAUGUAGGAUUCUGUUUGUGUGAACAGAAGAUGUGGCCUCAGUGACUCUUAAAACUAGGGUUUUAUUGCUGCAUGUCUUCACACAGUGCCAAUAAAGGAAACUAAAUCAGUGGAGACCACUUAUCCAAUAAGGUAUUAAAUAUGUAGUACAGCGGGAUGUGUAUUAGGAAACGACUGUCAUAACUCAUAGCUGAUGUGUCUGGCUAUUCUGUGAACUGACACUGUAACGCUGCAUUCUUGAAUUAAAAAAACCCAACACUUGCAUGCUGUGGUUGUCGCUACUCAGUAAUUUUUGCUAAUCUUGGUUAUGUUGGCUGUACAUAAAAGUAGGAUCAAGUCCCAGGUGAUUGCUGUACCAACUAAUUUCCUCCAGCAGACUGGUUCUGUUAUCAUGCGUAAGGCUAUAGGUGUUCAGGAUGCUUUCUAUAGCACUUGUGCUUAAGUUAUCAAAACUCCCUGAAUAAAACUUCCUGUCAGGGAGAGGCAGGAUCACAAAGCAAGUAGUAGCUUUUUCCCAAUUCUUUCAAUGUUAGUAAUUGUGUAUUUCCAAUUAAGGGUUUUUAAUCUGUAUAUAUCCUAUCUGGGUGUUGCAAGUUAAAGUUCUUGUCAUUUAGUCACUUACCAGCUAAAAUGCAGCCUCCUUGUAGGUAAAAUUAGUUCAGUGGAUGGAACUUCAUAGAUAAAUAAUUAAACUUGCACGUAGCAAUGCCUGUUAUUCUGAAACAGCUUCUCUCUUUCUCAGGGAAGGACCGCGCUGUCUGCAGCCUCACUGGGUAAGACCACACAGCACAUGAAUUCUCUCAACUUCAGGGAAAAUCUGUAGCCACUGAUGAAAUUUGAUUCUGCCAAAUGAAUGACUGUGAUAUCACCAUUUCCGUUCCACUUUUCUCUGAGGUCACAAAGCUGCUCUGAAGCUUAAAGCAGUUGUGUUACUGCAUACAUUAAUUGUGGUUUUUUGCCUUAGGUAAGGAGGCAGCUUUGAAACUACUGCAAGAAGAACCAAGAAGGUGAGCGUAACUGUGGGAAUAAUGAAAUUUAUUUGCUGGAACAAGUGAUGAUAACCUUUGCCUUGAACUCUCUCUUUCUGAAAAGAGAUGAAAAUCUAAGGUCUGAGUUGUUCCCAGCAAGCUUCUUGUGCCGGUUUGGUGCCUUAUAAUGGUUAUGUCUGUCGUAAUAGGUGGAAGAUUGCCGAACUAUGGGUUACACUUGCAUGAACAGCAUUAAAAAGCGAAGGGGUUUUUACCACACUGGUAAUGUUUGCCUGAUACUGAUUGGAACCAAUAAAAAUUUGUAAACUCUA